AUGUUGGGUCGUGCAACUAGAGCAGUGGAGAUGACGCGAGGUGGCCGAGAGGGAAAUAAUGCGUUUUUGAACUUUGAGUCGCAGACCGAGUGGGAGUCAGGAAAAGAUCUCGUAAUGAAUGGAAUGAGUUAUAAAGAUUUAGUCAAGAUAGCUUGUUCUCUUGGGAACCUCGAAAUCGCUGAAAUCCUAAUCGCCCAUGGUGCUCUCAUCAUGGCAAAAGAUCACAAGAAACGUACAGCUUUAUCGCAUGCUAUCAUUAACGGACAAGAACAUUGCGCGGCUUUGUUACUGGCAAAAGGAGCUGACUUUCUCAAGGGUGAUUCUUCCAACAACACACCUGCACACUAUGCUGCUGCUUACGGUUGGCUAGAAUGUCUAAAGCUUCUGACUAGUGUUGAUCCGAGCUGCCUCAAGCAAGAGAAUGAUUGGAAGCUAACACCACUAUCCAUUGCUUACCUUAAAGGCCAUUAUGGAAUUGUGCAAUGGCUUCUGGACGAGAUGUCCGAAUAUGUGGAUAUUAAUAGGAAGGAUAUGGAAGGUGUGACGCUGUUGUCAUCAUUACUGCGUUAUACUGACGAAGAUGCGCAAAGCGAACUUCUUGAGCAGAUGCAGUACUUACUGUCCAGAGGUGCUGACUGUUCGAUCGCUGAUAGUUUGGGCAACGAUGUAAUGCAUGUUUUCGCUGGAAUCAAUGUUCGGCUACGAGAUCCCAGUGAAGAUUCGGAAAAGGGAAUGUUAAAAAGUAAGCCUUACUUUGAACUAUUAGCUGGCGACGAUACCCCCACCUAUCCCAAUGACAAUUAG